AUGGCGGUGCCUUUGGUGCUGACCUUGGCCGGUCUCAACGGCCAGGAAGUCCACCUCACAGUGCCGGACCACCUCCUGGGGCGCGACUUUCUGGCGCUGGCCCACGCCGCUUUGGGACCUCCCAAGUUGGGGGCGAAGCUUCGCGUCAGCUUCGGCGGACGUGAGCUCGUGCCGCAGAAGACCCUGCGGGACCAGGAUUUGUGCACCAACUCAGUUGGCACAUUCACCUACACUCGUGCCUGUGCCCUAAACGCCUUGUGCGCGCUGGAGGAGCACGGCAUUGAGCAUUUCGAGCGGACGAUGGAAGGCGUGACAUUGCUGACGUUUGGCGACUCAUUCAACACCAGUUUGCGGGAUUUGACUCUGCCAGGAAGCCUUCGGAGCCUGAUGCUGGGCUCGGAGUUUAACCAAUGUCUGCAGGGAGUGACUUUGCCGAGGAGCCUGGAGAAUCUGACUUUCGGCUACGGAUUCAACCAAAGCUUGCAGGGAGUUAUUUGGCCAGACAGCCUGCAAAGCCUGACUUUCGGAUUCGCAUUCAACCAAAACUUGCAGCAGGUGAUUUGGCCACGCAGCCUGGAAAGCCUGACUUUCGGCCACAGGUUCAACCAAAAGUUGCAGGGUGUGACUUGGCCGAACAGCCUGCAGAGCCUAGCGUUUGGGCACGGGUUCAACAAAAACUUGCAGGAAGUGACUUGGCCAGAUACCCUACACACCCUGACGUUCGGAAAUGGGUUCAACAAAAGCCUGCAGGAGGUUACUUGGCCCGAUAGCCUACAGACCUUGAUACUUGGCAAUGGGUUCGACCAAACUCUUCAAGGAGUAGCUUGGCCAAGCAGCUUGCAGAGCCUUGCGCUUGGCGAUGCGAUGAACGAAAGCUUGCGGUACUUGACUUUGCCAAGCAGCCUGCAAAGCCUGAUAUUUGGGAGGUCAUUCAGCCAAAGCUUGCAGGGAAUGACUUUGCCAGGCAGUUUGAAGCACUUGACCUUUGGCGAUGUAUUCAAUAAGAGUUUGCAUGAAGUGGCUUUGCCAGCAAGCUUAAGCAGCCUGACAUUUGGCGAUGCAUUCAAUCAAAGUUUGCAAGGAGUGAUUUUGCCAAGCAACCUGCAGAGCUUGACGUUCGGCCACAGGUUCAACCAAAGCUUACAGGGAGUUGCUUUGCCAGACAGCCUGAGCAGCCUGAUUGUUGGUUGUGCCUUCAACCAAAGCUUGCUGGAAGUGGCUUGGCCAAGCAGUCUCAGGAGCUUGACUUUGGGUUUUGCAUUCGACGAAAGCUUGCAGGAAGUGACGUUGCCACGUAGUCUGAAAAGCCUGACAUUUGGCGAUCAGUUCAACAAAGAAUUGCAGGGACUUACUUUGCCUGAAUGUUUGGAGAGCCUGACUUUUGGCUUCGCAUUCAACAAGAGCUUGCAGGAAGUUACUUUGCCCAGCACCUUGCGGAGUUUGACUUUCGGUGACGCAUUCAACGAACACUUGCAGGGAAUGAAGUGGCCAGUCAGGCUGCAGAGCCUGACGUUCGGCUACCGGUUCAACCGAAGCUUACAGGGAGUAGCUUUGCCAGGCAGCCUGCAAGCCUUAACAUUUGGCAAUGCCUUCAAUCAAUCCUUGCAGGAAGUGACUUUGCCUGCCAGUCUGCAGACUUUGACCUUUGGGGAUGCCUUCAACCAAAGAUUGCCAGAUCUGCCAUGUGAGCUGCAACUUCUAAGCUUCGGCACUGGCUUCGACCAAGCGCUCGGAAUUCUGCCAGGGAACCUGCAAUCGCUUCUUCUUGGCAUGGACUUCAGCCAAAGUCUGCACGGGGUGGAGGUAUCGGAAGGCCUUCGAAAGUUACAGAUUGGAGAUAUGGCCAUUCAUUGCUGA